AUGCUGAUAAAGGAUAAUUUUCGCUAUGAAUUUUACGACGUUAUCAAAAAACAGGUUUUUUCAAACAUCAUUUUUUUUUAAAUUGAAGUUUUAAAGAGUGUCGUUCUGGUUGUAUCAACAGAUUUAGACGCGUUGUGUGCCGCUCUGGUUCUUUCGGUAAGCUCUUUUUUUCUUUGUUAAAUUACUUUAUAAAGCAUGUUUUUGUUUGAUUGACUUGUGUUUGCAUCUGGUAUGAAAAAAAUCUAAUUUUUCAAGAAUUGAAAAACAUUUAACUUCCCAUUAAAAUUUAGAAGCCUGAACUUUUCGAUGUUUAACUUUAAUGGAACGGACUUUCAGAACUUUAUUUUUCUAUAAUAAAGGUUCCCAUUAUUUUUUUCGGAGAGCGGUGAACUUGAAAAAAAUUAUUCAAAGCACCAUGUAAAAAAAUUUCAAUUUUUUUCCUUCUUAUUCGCUUUUGAGAAGUUUAGUGAUUUCCCUGAAUAUAAUUGCUAUUUAUUUUCCCCUUCUUCUCAAGUGCCAUCGUUCCAGUUGAUUUAAGUGAUUAAAUUUUAUUUUUGUAUAAGGAAUAAACGCCGAGUGAGAUCGUAUAAAAUUGUUGAGAUAGCUAUCCACAUUGGUAUAGACAUUAUAUACAAAGGUAAAUUUACAUUGAAAGUUAAACGGGUGAAAAGAAGUAGUUCGAAGAGAAGCUUCAUCGAAAUGCAAACUGAAAGUUCUUCUAUAAUUUUAUAUCGAUUCUUAAACGUACCGAAUUGAGCGAUGUAGUAUUUUUUAUCAGGCCAGGCGUAGGCAAAAAACUGCCACAAAUUGUGCACCCGUCUAGAGGUGUUUUUUGUCUCUGCGACGACUUCGAAACAAAUAGCUGCGUAGCAAAGAAGAUCUGUGAUAAUUAGAAUCAGGAAAAGAACGACUGGUUGUCGAUCACUCCCUCCGUCCUGAAAUUUUCUCAAUUUUCUCGCUGUUUGAAAAGUUAUUUAGCUUCUCGAUUUUUCGAAGAAACUUUAAACGUUUUAGAAAAAAGGAGCGGUGUAGUGUUAACAGAAAAGUGGUUGCGUAUUAUUGGAAUUAUUUGACAAGGGAGGUCAUUACACAUCAGUUAUCAAAACUCUGAAUCUGGACUUGGGUACUUUAAUGCGUUAAAAAGAUAGCGCCAGUCCAAAUCCAAAAAAAUAUUCAAAUUUCAAGAAAAAAAAAAAAACUAAAUAUUGUCUAUAAAUUAGCCUUCGAUGACUUUCUUUAAUGUGAGACGAUUUUUCUCGAAAACUAAAAAAGUAUACAAGUUUUCCCAAAUUUCAGAAAAACUCGAAGGUGAAAAAAAACGUUACACACGGCUGUAGUUUCGAUUUUUUUCCUUAUCGGCCUUACGUCCGAAAAAUUGAACUGUCGUCUUUUUUUGAAUUGGCGAAAAAUGUUAAAUUCUUAUGGACUUACUAGAUACAAAACCAAGGUAAUCAGAGUAAUUAGUAAGUCCAUCCAUAGAAUGAGACAUCUUUGACCAGACACUAGAAUCAUAUCUUUUUGAUCAGUGCAUUUCCUCUUUCAUGCUAAUUUUAGCGGAUUAGAGGAGUCUAAUGGAGCGCACUUGACCUUUCACUCGUGCAAACGUUUUCUGAAAUAGCCAUUUUUUGCAGGUUCCAGAGAUCUUCGGGUUUCUUUGUCAUUUUGUUCAUAAAAUGUGUUUAUAGCAUCUUCUCAAAUGCGACGACAUCGCCUACACUAUCGUGGCCGUAGACGGCUGGCAGGAUGUGGAGAGGACCUUUUCCGAGCUUCAGGAUCAGAGUUGGUUCUAUCACCCGUCUGAAUCGACCCAAAAAAACUCUCAUCUGACUUCCCAGAAACCUCGAUUGUCAUGCUGAACUGUGGGGCUGGACGACCCAUCACCAACAUUCCUGACGACAGCACCGUCUUCAUCGUGGACUCCCACCGUCCUUUCCAUCACGAGAACGUCUUCGACCCUUCUCAGAUUCGGCUCAUCGUCGACAGUUCUGAGCUCAACGACUUGAGGUUUUUUUCCACGGUGCAGUAGAUUUAAAGAUUUUCUUCCCUUUGCAUAUUUUUAAAGAACGUUUACUCAUAUUUUUUUAUAAGCAGCGCACGAGGUUUAAGUUAUUACUAUGAACGGUAAAUAACGUUUGAAACUUCAUAAAAUGCGUCUUUGCUUUUUUAAACACCCAAGGUAUAAUUUUUUCAGUCGGAGGUUUCAAUACUCUUGCUGUGAGAAUGAAAUUUCCGCAAAUAAAAAAAUUAUAUAUAUAUAUAUAUAGAUUUUUCAUAAGGUAUAUAUAUAUAUAUAUAUAUAUACCUUAUGAAAAAUCGGAAGUUAGUUUGAAAUGUCAGAUAAGUUGGUUAGCAUCACAAUUACUAGAAUAUGAUAGACUAAGAUUGAACAAAACCGGUUCAACAGGAGUGUGAGUAAAAUACUUUACGGGAGUUUUUUAGUAUUCCCGAACCUCGCCAAGUAAUGGACUAUGGAUCUGGCGACGACGACGACGACGAAGGUUCAGAAGUCGAUGCGGAAAGCGAAGAAGGGACCUACGAAUCGAGACUGGAAAGAGUCCGAAGGAGAGCCAUCAAAAAAGUUCUCAAUUCGCUGUUUAUCAAGAUAAAUGCGGAUAUUUGAGGAGGAAAAAAAGUUGUGGGAACGACGGCGGCAGGACAUCCUCUGGCGGUACUACGAAACCAGUUGGCAUUCUGUCCCGGUAACUUUCCGCCCGUUUGCUUCUAUUUGUGAUCUCAGAGUUCGAUGCGGCUGCUCGAACUGGCCGCUUCUUUGAACCGUACAUCUGCAGAACUGAUGUGGUUCGCCGCAGUCGGCCUCAACAGCCAGUUCGUCGACCGACUGGUUCGAAACGAAGCCUCCUUCUGAGAAAUCGCCUUCGAAUCUCAGAUUUCGAUCGAGGCCUACACGGCAGUUUGUAUCGACCGUAUGAGGCCUUUCAUUCAUAAGUUCUCCCCUCGAAACAUCGCGACCAAAGUCGAUGACUCCUUGCGGAUUUCCUUCGAGAAAGAGUUUGUUUUCUUUCGUAACUCUUUAUUUCUCUGUGCAACUCAGCUAACUGAGCUAGGCAACGAGCUGACGUUCUCGGAAAGUUGUUCGUACCAGCAUAAAACUUUUCAACGAGAAACUUGAACUUUCAAAGCUGUUAAGAACGACCGCCUUUGGCGAACUUGAAGUCCAAAGUUGUAGUUGAUCAAGUUUAAAGCAAGUUUAAGGUCCUUUGCACGUUUUUCUGUGCGUAGUCCAUUCAGUUGCGCUUCGACGAGCUCAGAAUGUAGCGGAUGUUGUGCUGAAGCCCGGAGCUCGUGCUUCAGGUCGAAGUCUCGAAAUGAGAGCGGCCACUUCGAGUCAAGAUUCACCCGGGAUUUGAAAAAAAAAAUAAUAAAGAAAGAAAGCCGAAAUUUUUGAAAAAGCGGUUUCAAAAACAACACAAACGGUUUUUCUAUUUAGAUGAUAAUUUGGGAAUCCCUACAAUAAUAUCAAAGGUGUUUGGAAAUUAUUUUAUUACAGACUCCCGAUCGCUCUUUAUGCACACUGGGACUUGUACAGUGCGAUGAUGGUGGACGAAUAUUUUUCGAUUAAAACCAAAAAUUGGACGCAGAAAGGAGAUUUGAAUAUCCGGCAUCUCUUGGCCAGUUUGGGGUUUCCCUUCGUUUAUUUCAGUAUUCAGAAUGAUAAAAUUCAGAAUCACUUUAUCGGAAACCAAACAGAAGUUCGAAGCUUUGUCGACGGAGCAGCGAAAAACGUUGACCGCGAUUCUCGAGAAGGAGAUGUCCUCCGCCUUUGCCACUUUUUUCGUGCACCUUGGCUAUUCCUGCAAGUUGAAUGCCGCAGACGUGGCUCGGGCAGUAAUCUUGAGGUUUUUCGGCGAGAAAUUCCUGAAAACCCGGCCUUUGAUAGGCUGGAAGUUCCGCAGUCGACCAAGGCGAUGGACCGUUUUGUGACCGGGGCGAUGCUCGUCAAGGCCUCCAUCGCUGGGACCAAACAACAAAGGACCCAUAUCAACUACACUUUCGAGAAAAUGUACCAGGUCUACUUUAUUUCCCUCUAAUGUGAAGAACGACCGAACUGCUUGGGUUCAGGAACACUACUUUUAUUUAAUACUAUCGGUGCUAGGAAAUGAAUUUGACGUGUAUUUCGUGUUAUUACGGACUCGAGUCAAAUGUAAAUCUUUGGAGUCUUUUAAGUUGGAACAAGCAACCACUAAAAAGAAAAGUUGAUGCGAAAAUUUGAGAGCUCUUUGACAGAGAAUGCUGGGUGUUCUGUGGAAGUCGGUGGCGUCGGCCAUCAAUCAGUCCGAAAUCCUGCCGACAGGACCGUUUUACCUGUACACCUGUUCAAGAUCUCUAGGUAUUUUGCUUUUUUCUUUUGAGUAUUUGAAAAAAAAAAUCUCAGAUGAUUUAUUUUCGUAGAUUCACUUUUAAAAUUAAAUCUUUUUUGUGAGAGCGUAUACUGUUCUUAAAAAUUUGCGAAAAUUCGUACUAUUUCUUCUCCUUUAUAUUUUUUUGGUUGGUUACAAAUCUCAUCCAAAAACGUUAUUGAAAAACAGGCUUCAAGUUCCAGUUCCGUCUUAGAUUCGAGUAAGAUCUUCACACACCGUGUUGGAACUUUUUUACUUUUUGUUCGAAAUAGUUUGAGCGAAAAUUUCGGCAAAUUUCUCCUGGUGUUGACUGAUUUUGCCAAAAUGCCAAACUCCAAACUUUUUUGAUUUUUUCCAGUAGAACUUGAAGAUUCAUUGAUUUUGCAGUUCUUCUGGUUUUUAAUAUUCAAAGCUCUGUCAGAAAUCGUGGUUAUGUUAUCGAAAUUUUCUAUCCGGGUUUAACAACCGGUUGGUUUUUGGUGUUUUUUUGUGCCAGAUACCAGGGCUGCGCGGAGUUCCGUUAUCCGCCUUCCGCAUAAAUUUCUCUUCCUUAACCCGUGUUCCAUCUUCCUUAAUUCAAAGUUUUGUCCCCUAGUCCGUGCUCCGUCUUCCUAGAAAAAUUUUUGUUUUUCAGCUCCUAUUUUAAACAUUUUUUGAUAGAAAAAUGCACGUUCUCGGUGUCGUGAGUAAUAUGAUAAUGAAGCUAAUUUUGUUACAUAAUAUCUGUAGAGAGGCCAACCAUUCUCUCAAUUCAAAAAUCAAAGUAUCCUAGCUUCAAUCGACAUUCAACGCCUAGUAGAUACUAAAAAAAAUGGCUUGUUUGAAAAAAAAUUUGACUGUCUUCUUUUUCCCCACUACAGGUUUAAUUCAUAUCACUUAUUAGCACUUCAGAAAAGCUGAAAUAUUUGUUUUGAUUAGUAUAUUGGGAUUGAAGGGAUGAACUGAAAUAUGUUCAGACGAAGACUUGGCCGCGUCACGCCAUUUUCUGUUCAAUUUCUCGAGUUUUCUGCUGCGGGCUUUCGCCGCCUCGCGGAAAGGACGAUCAGGAAAGCCGUUGGUAGUUACGUUUCCGUUGGGCGGCGACCGGAGCGGCUGGAUCGUCGUGACCGGAGUGAUGCCGCUGGCCACGGUCUACGAGGACACUCACCUCAAAACGUGGCUCUUCUCUCUUCUUUUCUUCCCCAAUCAUCCUCUUAAGGUGCAUGGGACGAGCGUUUGAACGAGUUAAAAAGAUGGCUCCGAAGGUCCAAAUAAACGCCGAUUACUUCGAUUCUGAUGGUUCACAUAGUUGGUAAUCCUUACUUUAUAUCGUAUUUGCAGUUAUAUUGUUGAAAAGUGAAGACCGGGCGCGAUUCUUCGAUUGCUUACAGUCUAUACUGGAAACCGGCGUCCAUUAA